UGGCAUUUUCACCUCUUGCUGCCCUCUUUUUUCUCAAAUUUUAAUUUAUUUUUCACAUACAUACUCAUACCUGAAAUGGAUUUUCUAGAAGAGCAAAAAGAAGAGGUUGAAAGCCUUAAAGCCAUAUUUCCUUACGAAUUCUCUGAACUCAGUUCUUUCCCUCCGACGUUUUUGAUCAGAAUUGAUGAACUAAACAUCUCAUCCUCCGUCACGUCGCUUCAACUGAAAAUUUCUCUUCCAUCGAAAUACCCAGAUGAAAUUCCUUCGAUCGAGAUACCAAAUCGCUCCAAUGCAUUACCAAAAGAGUUCAUAGAAGAACUGAUCUCCUUCUUGAAAUGUUCAUGCGAAGAAUCUAUAGGAAUGCCCAUGGUGUUUGGUUUAGUAGAUUCUGCGAAAGAAUGGAUUGGUGAAAAUGCAAUGAAACUCAACGGCUUUCAAGAAGACCAAGCAGCAAAGGUUGAAUCAGAUGAGGAAACAGAUGAUAAAGAUUCCUUUAACUUGGAAAAUUUUAAAGACAAAUUGGACAUUAUCAAUGCAAAAGGUGGAAGAUGGGACUUCGUCAUUGGCUUAAUUGGGAAACCCUCAGCUGGUAAAUCCACUUUCUUCAAUGCUGCUACCCACCAAAAUAUGGCAAAAAUAGGAGCCCAUCCAUUCACCACUAUUGAACCAAAUAUUGGGCAGGCAUUUUAUGCAAUACCUUGCCCCUGUGCUCAGUGGACAAAAAGAUGUCAUGCUCGAUAUGGCCACACUGCUCAAUGUGAAAGGUUUGUUCCAGUGGUGCUCAAAGAUGUGGCUGGUUUGGUGCCAGGUGCAUGUGAAGGAAGAGGACGGGGAAACAAAUUUUUGAAUGAUCUCUUGGAUGCUGAUGUACUCAUUCAUGUUAUUGAUCUGUCAGGGCAGACAGACGAGACUGGAAAACCCACCACAGAGUAUGACCCAACCAGAGAUAUUGGAUGGAUUCAACAAGAACUUCACAGCUGGAUUUAUGACAAUAUUAUGGACAAAUGGGACUCAAUUGUUAAGAAACCAGCCAAACUAUUUGACAUGUUCACUGGGUACCAUGCAUCUCAGGCAUUGAUUCACUUAACGUUUGAGUCAGCAGGAAUGUCAGAUAAAAAACUCCUUGCUCUUCCUAAGAUGGAAAAAGCAAAUGCUGAACUUUUGGUGCACAAAUUAGUUGACAAAUUCUUGUUCUUGCGCUUUCCUAUUCUAUUAGCUCUCAACAAAGUUGACCUUCCUGAUGCUAUUCAUAAUUUGAAGAAAUUUCAAGAGCAGUUUGUGGAUGUGAUGAUGGUCCCUGUUAGUGCAAGGAGUGAGUGUAUUCUACAACAAGCAUGCCAGGAUGACUUGUUGUCUUACCAAAGUGGAGCAUCACAUUUUGAAAUUAACCAUCAAACUCAGGAUCUAAGUGAAAAGUCCCAGAAAGAGUUGCUACAAGUAAAAAACAGCAUCCUUGACAUCUUUGGUGACACUGGUGUCCUGAAAGCUUUGUCACAAGCUGUGAAACUGCGCUCACCAAGUUACGCAUUUCCUGUUAACUGCCUUGAUACUUGUCAAUCAAUCAGUGUAGUCACUAAAGAGAAACCCCAGGUCCUCAGAGACUGUAUUGUGUUGAAACCGGGCACAACAGUAGAAAAACUCUUUAACAUCCUACUUUAUCCACCAGUUGCUCUCCUUGCUGGAGAGUAUGUGAGAGCAGAAGGAGUCAGUUCCAAAGGAGUGAAAUUUGUACUACAUAAACAUGACAUUGUGAAUGAGACAAACCAGAUUUUGAAAAUAAUGAGCACCAGAAAAGCUUCACUUUCGACAAAGACUAGAAAAUAAGUAUCAUUUUCCAAUAAAACAGAGAUAUAUUUUAA